ACCUACGGCUGCAGCAGCCCCACGAUCCAGCGACAGUUCGUCUGCAACGCUCCGGCCACCAUCACCUGGAUCGUACGAAUCUAGUGCUUAGCUCAGCAUCGGUUUCCCUCAUCCUGCACUCCGCUCUGUGCCGUGUUCCGCAACGCGAUUCCGACAUGCCGAAAACCGCCGAAACUAAGUUUGUCAACUCGCUCUUCCUAACCAACCUCAUCCAAACGCAGUACGGUGAGACGGAGGUGAAAAUCAAGGCAUACGAUGUCGAGCCAGCGUCGGUGGACAUUAACGAUCCCUACGCAAGAUCGUCCAUGAACCGGAUCCUCAUUAAGUACACGUCGAAGGAAAACCCCACCGAAGCGGUCAUUACGUUUGUGGCGAAAAUUAAACCCACCGAAGGGCUGCUAGUCGAGCAGUUCAAAAAGGCCGAUGUGUUCGAGAAGGAAAUUCUCAUGUACAAGUCGGUACUGCCCAGCAUGGUAACGAUGAUUGCCAAGCUCGGUAGUGUUAUCGAGCUAGCGCCACAACUUAUCUACUCCUCGGAGACACCAUCCGAUCUGGUCGUGCUCGAGGAUCUUACUGCGCGCGGUUACAGCGUGGAGAACCAAACGCUCGGCCUUUCAUACGAGCAGAGCAAGAUGGCGAUCGAAAAGCUGGCCUUCUUCCAUGCUGCCAGCGCUAUGAUGCUGUCGGAAAAUGGACAAGCGUUUCCCAAGUUUACCAAGGGUACGUUCCACGCCGAGCACAAGGAUAAACUGAGCUACUUCCCCGAUACGAUCCGUAUGGUUGGCGAAAUGGCUGCCGAGCUGGACAUUAGCCAGCCGAUGGCGGACAAGCUUCUGAAGCUUCCGGCAAAAGCGCUGCAGAAAGCAAUCGAAGCGUACGAGAGUGAUUUCAAAGGAUUUAAGGUGCUAAACCACGGUGACUUCUGGACCAACAACAUUCUGUUCAAGUACCAGGGCAACGAGCUGCUGGAUGCAAUUUUCGUGGAUUUCCAAAACUGUGUCGUCGGGUCGCCAAUCAUCGAUCUAGUAUAUUUCCUGGCUGCCUCACCCGCACACGAAGUGCUCGAGAAGCAUCGGGACGAGCUGGUGUACAUCUACCACGAAACGCUCGUACUGCUGUUGCAAAAGAUGGGUUACAUGAAGUCCAUUCCCUCCUUGCUCGAGCUGCAGGUGGAGCUGCUCAAACACGGCUCCCUGCAGGUGAUCUACGCCCUGACUGUGUCGCCGUUUAUGCGUACCAAGGAUGCACACAAUACGCCUCCGAUGCAACCGACCCUGCAUAGUCCCAACCAAUCCACCAACGUAAAGCAGGUUCUGCGUGCCCAUGCUCCGAGCAUUGUAGCGCAGCUUAAGGCGUACGAAAUGGUUGGCUUGCUCGAUUGGGGAGCCAACGAGAGCAAAAUUAAGGGCCUUAUGUCGCGCUUCCAACGUUAAGACUCGCGAGAAAUGGCUUAUAGCUUGUCAUUCAAUACAACGGUGGAAAUAAACGCAAAGCUGUUUGGA